UCUCAGAGACGGACAGGCACUCUCUCUCUCUCUCUCUGUACGAAUACGAAAUCCAAAAUCUCGAAAGGGAAAAUAACGGAAUAGUAAAAAUGGCGUGGCUGGCUCGCUCCCUCGCCGACUCUCUCCGGCUCGACGGCGGCGGCGACGACGACGAAGCCGACGACGAGGAAGAAGAAGAAGAAGACGACGAGGAAGGAGAGGAGGAUGGAGCGGCGAGCGACGACGCCGCGCCGACUUCCCCAGCCGCCGGACCCAACGGUCAUUUCUCCCCGCGAGAUCAGAACCGGCCGAUCGCCGGCGGAGCCGAGAUCGAGCCGCCCGCGGGAGGGGCGCCGCCGCCACCGCCGCGAGGCGUCAAGGAAGACCUCACCGAGCUCACGCAGACGUUCACGCGCCAGCUCUGGGGCGUCGCCAAUUUCCUCGCCCCGCCCCCGUCCCAGCCCAACACGCCCUCCCCGCUGUCGAACCCGCCGGCCGACGAGUGGAGCCGGCUGGAGGACCCCGAUCGGGCCGAUCGCGGCGGCGGCGGCGGCGGCGGGCGGGGAGAGCGAUCGAGCGACGCGGCGUCCGGAUCGAGGAGCGACGCGGCGGAGAUGGACCCGAAGCUGGAGGCGAUCGAGUCGGGGAGUGAAAUUGGCGAGGAGGACGAGGAUCUCGGGGAAGAGGAGAGUGCUUGUGGUGAUGCGGUAGGGGUUACGGACGAGGUCUUGGCGUUCGCGAGGAACGUCUCGAUGCAUCCCGAAACUUGGCUCGAUUUUCCUCUCGAUUCCGAAGACGAUUUAGAUGAUUUCAAGAUGUCAGUUGCCCAGCGAGAGCAUGCUUUGGCUAUUGAACAAUUAGCUCCUCGAUUGCGUGCUCUGAGAAUUGAAUUUUGCCCGUGUCAUAUGACCGAAAGUUAUUUUUGGAAAGUCUACUUCGUUCUUCUGCAUUCAAGACUGGACAAACAUGAUGCAGAAAUCUUGUCCACACCCCAGGUUGUGGAGGCAAGGAAAAUGUGGAUGCAGGAAUUACAGAAGCAGACAAACACAGAAAAUGAUUGGUAUGGAAGACGAAUUUACCAUAUGAAAGAAAGCUCAGACAUGCUGCAGGAAGAUAUCCUUCCUGGUUCACCCGGUUACAUGCAUUCUGCAGGCAUAGCAUAUAGGACUAAUGAUUUUGAACCAUCAAAAUCCUCUGCAUCAAGAUUUAGUGACACUGAAAAGUGUCCUAGCACAAGUUCGGGGACACAUGUCACUUGUGAAUCUGUAGCUGAAGAAAAUGCAGUGCAGAGUAAGGACAAGGAUUUACCGUUAGGUGGAUCCACUAAAAUGCCUGUUCAAGAUUUUGAUGAUGGUGAUGAUGAUGAUUGGCCAGAGGAGGAAGAUUCAGAUCUCCUUGGCUAUAAUGCAGGUGUUAUUACCAUGGGAAUGGAAGAGGAUAUUUCAUUUAGUGAUCUCGAGGACAAUGAGGAUGUCUGUAUACCCAUUAAGUCCAAGCCAGUUUCAUGACCAAGGGUUAAUAGAAACGACUGGGUUAUAAUUUUGGAAUACUGAUUGGAGUGAACGAUCCAUCGUUUGAGCAUUGGAAGUAUGCUUAAACAUGGUUUCUGCAUCAGUCUCUACCAUCCUCGCUUCCUUCUCACCUCGUGUUCAUGCUAUUUUGGAUCUAGUGACUUAAAAGGUGUCCGAAGGACUAAAUCUUUUCGUGGUGAAUUUAAUAGGUGGUUUCGCCUGAACAAACUGCCAUGCUUUCAUGCUUAUGGACUAUAAUUCUUCACUGGGUCAAGUCUGCAAUUGGAGCUGAUGGAAAGUCUGUUCUUCCUUUGAUCACUGUAUCGAGCUUAUUUGCAUCGGGGUGAGAAGCUGUACAGGACAUUGUCUUCGGAAUUGCUUUUUCUACUUGAAAGAACAUCAUUCAAUUGAAGAUCACACACUUGAUUUUUUUUUUUUUUUUGGAUUAUUAAACUUAAACAAUUUGCAGAGGACUUUGGAACCUGAUCCUCCUAAAACUUGUAGGCAGAAGGUUCUACUUGUCUCGCUAGUUGGUUUGAGCAACAUUGUGCAUUGGAUUUGGAAAAUUCGUUUGCUUCAUGUGAUUGCUAUUGUAACAUAAUGGAUCAUUACAAGGAAUGAAAAGAAUUUAAAUUCGUUUGUUUCGUGGGAUUAA